UCCACACGAAACAAGAGCCCAGUACAUUUUGGGUUAAUAAAAGCGCAAAUGGCGUAAGAUGACAGUCCUUGGCGACGGCUCUGAAAGGAAGAAAACACACAAAGAAGAAGAAAGAGAAAUUUUCGAUCAUUUACCUUGCCAAAUUCUCUCUCUUCUUCUUCUGCCACUUAAAGAACAAGAGAAGAAAACUAGGUUAGGGUUUUUCUGGCUUGGCUUUGAUCCCAUGCUCUCUCCCCCACUGUAGCGGCGGGAUUCCACCGUCAAAUGUCUCUACUCCAAUCCUCCACCGUUGAUUGCCCCUCUCAACGCUCAUCCACCACUGCCGCGCCCGUCGUCACCGGGCACGAUCACCGCGUCUCGUCCAAGCGCAAAUUGGACGAUUACGCGCCGACUUUGGAAGACGAUGACGACUUGUAUUUCUCGGACCUAGUCUCCGUCAGGAUGCGAAAAGACCAGUCCCUAGCCGUGGAUUCUUCCUUCACCGGUAAGAAUCAAUCAUUGUCGCCCUCUUCUUCAAGCCACUUCGAUACUCGCGUUUCCGAUGCGAAAUCUGCUCAUUGCUCAUGCUCGUCCUCUCCUCCGGGGAGCACUCGGUCGGCUUACAGGCUUCAAUUUUUUAUAAGAAUGAUUUCCGAUGGCAACCACAUUGUUAUACAUGCCAAUUCGGACGACACGGUGAAAUCGCUUCACGAGCGGAUUCAGGCAAUCACGGGAAUUCCGGUUAUCGAGCAGAGGCUAAUUUAUAAGGGGAAACAACUGCAAUGGGAGCAGUCACUGGCGGAGUGUUCAAUUCAGAACGACGCUGGGCUUCAUUUGGUGGGGCGGAUGAGAAGUACCAAGCACCCCCAGACUUGUCAGCUUAUCGAUGACAUUGUAUCGUUUAUUUCUCGGCUUUGUAAAACAGGAUUGCCUUGCCAUCUUAACGCGUCAAAACAUAUCAAAAGUUUGAUAAAUGAAUUCUUUACUCUAACGCCCAAAGAUGACAACGAGACAGCAAUUGGGCAUCUUCAGAUUUUUAUGUCAUCCUCAACUCCUGCUGCUUUGGUAAUGCUUUAUGUUUCAACCAUUAAAGGCAAUAAGGAGUGUGCGGAGAGUUCAAUUAAGUAUUUUUUGAAUUCAUGUAGGAGUUCAUUGCCAAAGCCUUUGCAUACACAGUGUGCACCUAUAGUAUUAGAGUUUUGUAAGUUGCUUAGGAAGGUGGCUUAUGAUGACCCUUUGUAUCUCUCUUGCCGAAGUACCCUUGGGUCAUUGUUGGAGACUAUUGGAAUAUCACGUGGUUUGUCCAAGUAUGAUGGUGGGGAGGAUGUAAAGGGAUUGAUUGUGAUACAGGACAUUUUCCCGUUUGUUAAUGAGUUAGCUAAUAGGUUGUCCAGGGAUUUGGUUUUAAGUAUGGAGUCUACUACCAGCACUGGUCCAGGGUCAAGUGAUGUUCGGGACUUUUCAGCCUUCUUGCUCCCUUUGCAUACGACUAUUACAGAACACGUGGGUUUUCAGGGGCCCAUUUCUGUGCCUUUGAACAAGAGAGGUUUUAGUCAUACAUUGUAUGUGGAGGAAAUUGAGCAACUUCAUGUUAUAUUUAGUGAUUUGCUGGUAAAAAUGGACAACUGUCUUACCAGAAUGGAGAGUUGCUUGCCUUUGAAACCAAAUGGAGAAGGUGAGUCUAAUCGCACAGCAUGGUCUCAAUACCUUGCCAUUUUGAAGGAACUGAAUAACAUUGCCAAACUCUAUAAAAAUGCUGAAGAACAAUUUUGGGCGGUUUUGAGGCUUAGGAAAGCUUCUCUAUGUGUUCUAAUUGUUAAAUAUGCAAAGCGAAAUGAUGAUCAUCAAUGGCUUCUUCAGCAUAAAGAUGUGACUGAUUUUGAGUCCCGAAGGCAUUUGGCCAUGAUGUUGUUCCCUGAGGUUAAAGAAGAUUAUGAGGAGUUGCAUGAGAUGCUCAUUGAUCGAUCACACUUGUUGGCAGAGUCGUUUGAGUACAUAGCUAGAGCAGACCCUGAGGCAUUGCAUGGUGGUCUAUUUAUGGAAUUUAAAAAUGAGGAAGCUACUGGUCCUGGUGUGUUGCGGGAGUGGUUUUUCUUGGUCGUCCAAGCAUUAUUUGAUCAACAAAAUGCCCUUUUCGUUGCAUGUCCAAAUGAUCUGAGAAGAUUUUAUCCUAAUCCUGCAUCUAAGGUGGAUCCCAUGCACCUUGAUUAUUUUACGUUUUCUGGUCGAGUUAUUGGGCUAGCUUUGAUGCAUAAAGUGCAAGUUGGCAUCAUCUUUGAUCGUGUGUUUUUCUUGCAAUUGGCUGGAAGGCAUAUUUCUUUGGAGGACAUACAUAAUGCAGAUCCAUACUUAUAUAAUAGCUGUAAGCAGAUUCUUGAAAUGGAUGCUGAUUUUAUCGAUUCGGAUGCUUUAGGAUUAACAUUUGUUAGAGAAGUUGAAGAGUUGGGAUCAAGGAGAGUUGUGGAACUUUGCCCGGAUGGGAAAAGCAUUUCUGUAACUAGCAAGAAUAGAGAGGAAUAUGUCAAUCUCCUCAUUAGGCAUCGCUUUGUGAUAUCAACCUCUGACCAGGUGUCCCGUUUUGCACGAGGUUUUGCUGAUAUCCUUUGUAACUCAGGACUCCAAACAUUCUUUUUCCAAAGUUUAGAGCUUGAAGAUCUUGAUUGGAUGCUAUAUGGAAGUGAAAAUGCUGUCUGUGUAGAAGAUUGGAAAGCACAUACCGAGUACAAUGGCUACAAAGAAACCGAUCCUCUGAUAUCCUGGUUUUGGGAGAUUGUUGCGGAAAUGUCAGCAGAGCAGAGAAAGGUUCUUUUGUUCUUUUGGACAUCGGUGAAGUAUCUACCAGUCGAAGGUUUCCGCGGUUUGGCUUCAAAACUUUAUAUUUACAAGUCCUCAGAACCACACAAUCGCCUUCCUUCAUCUCACACAUGCUUUUAUCGGCUUUGUUUCCCACCAUAUUCCUCUAUGGAUGUCAUGCAAGAUCGACUAAAUGUCAUCACCCGAGAACAUGUCGGCUGCAGCUUUGGUACUUGGUGAAAUAUUGGAGUUAGAUCUGCCUCUGGCAUAAAAAGGGUUUUAAAUUGCACAUAGAAAGAUUUGUACUCAGCUUGUACAGAUAGGAUCAUGUCAUCAGUUUUCAUUAGACUAUGUAAGAAGGUGCUUUAGUUAUUUAUGUAUCCUUUAAAAGGUUGUGACGUCAUUGCUCUUUUUUGGCUAAACUGUUUAUAUUGGCAUAGCUUAAAUGAUGGAGAGCAGAAGGAAUAAACAUCAACUUCCUUCCCUAGGAAUAGCAGCUGCUUUUUCAUGACCUGUAAGUACAGAGACUAUGCAAUGACGUCCAAAUCAAUAGAAAGAUUAGUAUCUCUCUCUGC